UCACUCACUUAGUUAAUCUCACACACACACACACACACACACACCUCAUCAUGGCACCACAGAAGGAUAUUGUCAAGAUCGCCAUUCAGAUGCCAGGGGCCUACCCCCAGCUGAUCGAGCUGGACCAGAAAAAGCCUCUCUCUGCUGUCAUAAAAGAAGUCUGUGAUGGCUGGAAUCUCCCUGGCCCUGAUAACUAUGCCCUCCAGUAUGCAGACGGCAUUCAGACCUAUAUCACUGAGUCGAACCGGCUGGACAUCAAGAACGGCAGCAUCCUGCGUCUGACCAAAGCGCCGGGGCGCUGUGCAGAGGACCUCUAUAAGGGCAUUCAGAGCUCGGAUUCGGGGGUGCGCUGUGACUCCCUGAAGCAGCUGGCCAGUGUGUCCACUGAUGUCACCUUCGCCCAGGAGUUCAUCAGCCGGGACGGGCACUCCCUAUUGGUGCAGAUCGUGGAGGAAGCCAACGAGGUUCCUCUCAUUAUGACUCACACGCUGACCGCCUUCAUGGAGCUGAUGGAUCAUGGGAUUGUGUCCUGGGAGAACCUCUCCUCUGUCUUCAUUAAGAAGAUCGCCAGCUUCGUUAACGCCAAGGUGCUGGAUGCGUCCAUCCAGCAGCUGUCCCUGGCCAUUCUGGAGAACAUGGUUUUGAGCAGCAGCAGCCUGUUCCAGCUGGUCAGGCAGGAGGUGACGCUGGAGAGGCUGAUCACCCACCUGCAGGUGACCAACCAGCAGAUCCAGACGAAAGCCAUGGCCCUCCUUAUGGCGCUGCUGCAGACGGCAGGGGAAGCAGACAGACAGGAACUUUUUGAAUUCCUCUUGAAGAAAAAUGUACGUCAGUACAUUUACAAGAACAUCAUCCACAGCUCCGGCUCCGUGGGGGACGAGAUGGCCCACUACCUGUACAUCCUGCAGUCUGUCACCCUCAACCACCUGGAGCCACGCAUGAGGACACCGCUGGACUACUACAACCAGGAGCAGAGGGAUAAGCUGCACAGCCUUCGCCAGGUGGCCUUUGAGACGGAGAGUGAGAACAGCCUGAGCACUGAACGCAGACGCUCACUCUGCGCCAAGGAGUUCAAAAAGCUGGGCUUUUCCAAUAACAGUAACCCAGGCCAGGAUUUGAUCCGAACCCCACCUGGAUUGCUGGCCCUUGACACCAUGACCUACUUCGCCUCCCGCUACCCCGAUGCAUAUAGCAGGUUUGUUCUGGAGAACAGCAGCAGGGAGGAUAAGCAUGAGUGUCCUUUUGCUCGGAGCAGCAUCCAGCUCACCCUCAUUCUGUGUGAGAUUCUGCGCAUUGGAGAGCCCCCCUCAGAGACUGGCUCCGACUACCACCCCAUCUUCUUCUCUCAGGACAGCCUGCUGGACGAGCUCUUCUGCAUCUGCAUCCAGCUGCUCAACAAGACCUGGAAGGAGAUGCGGGCCACGCAGGAGGACUUUGACAAGGUGAUGCAGGUGGUUCGGGAGCAGAUCACUCGGACCCUGUCCAGUAAGCCCACCUCUCUGGAGCUUUUCAAGAACAAGGUCAACGCCCUGAACUACAGCGAGAUCCUGAAACUGCGUCAGACAGAGCGGCUGCACCAGGAGGAGACCCUCGCCCCGCCCGUCCUAGAGCUGAAGGAGCGUCUGAAGCCGGAGCUGCUGGAGCUGAUUCGGCAGCAGAGGCUGAACCGCCUGUGUCACGGCACGCUCUUCCGCAAGGUCAGCAGCCGUCGCCGGCAAGAUAAGCUGUGGUACUGCCGCCUCUCGCCCAAUCACAAAGUCCUGCACUAUGGCGACGUGGACGAGGACACGGACACGCCCCCCAUCGAGACCCUACAGGAGAAGAUUCCUGUGUCUGACAUCAAAGCGCUGCUGACAGGGAAAGACUGCCCACACAUGAAGGAGAACAAGGGCAAACAGAACAAGGAAAUGCUGGACCUGGCCUUCAGCAUCACAUACGAUGUGGAGGAGUACAACCUCAACUUCAUCGCCUCCUCCAGAACUGACUUCUGCCUGUGGACAGACGGGUUGAGCGUGCUCCUGGGAAGAGAGAUGACCAGCGAGUGCAUGCGCAGUGAGCUGGAGAUCCUGCUGUCCAUGGAGAUCAAACUCCGCCUCCUGGACCUGGAGAACGUCCCCAUCCCGGACAACGCGCCCCCGGUCCCCAAACCCCCCAGCAACUUCAACUUCUGUUAUGACUUCAGCCAAACGGAACAGUAGGAUCGGCAGAGAGGAGGCGUGGCCAACGCAGUGGGUGGAGCCAUGUACAUAGUAAAGAGUGGUCAGAUGAGUGAGAGGGGGCGGAGCUGAAGAGGUUAUGAAGUGGCCGUAUGCGGGUGAGGGGGCGUGGUGACCUGGAGUGGGUGGAGCUUUAUUGAAGAGGAGGGGCAGUGUCUGUGCAGUUCUGUUAGUGGACUUCUCGGUGGGUAUGGUCACAGAAACAGGUGUGAGGCGAGAGAAAGAGGUUUUUGGCUGCAGGAGUGGUGGAGCUUCAAGGACGCAACUUUACUUCAGUUACACAGAUGAUAGGUUUUAUUUUUCUUUUUGUAUGACUGAGGCCUGGAUACACUGACUACAUUUGAGCCCAGAAAUAUCAGCACUGACUGCCACAGACACAGUAUUGACUAUAUUUUACAUCCAGCCAGCUCCACCCCUUCUGCCCACUGUCUCUCUGCUCAUUGCUUUAUUAAUUUCAUUUUUUUGGAGGGUUUUAAUUUUUUUUUUUCUUUUCUAUAUGUUUGAAAUUGGUUGGUAAAUUGCUGCAGUGUUGGGUGGAAUGGUACAGAGCCGCACUCUCAGUGUUAUCAAAAGACUAGAGAGAGGAAGGAAGAGGAAACCAAGGUCCCCAUAAAAGGCCAGUGUGAGUAACGCUUCUUCUGCAAGUUCAUCCCGGCUUCAGCUCGGCUGAGUCCGACAUGGAGAUCGUCUGGAGAGUGCAGAAUUUCACAGGUCCAGGACUCCCGGCCCACAGAGACCAUCACCCUACCCACAGACCCCAAGGCGAACUUUCUCAUGUGAGACCCUGAAAACGCAGAAUUCCCGGUACGUGGAGCUUCAAGGCAGGAAGCCGGUCUCCUUGCAAGCCGAGAAAGAGCCAGCGGAUUCCACUGAAAUCUCCUAAAAGCUCCUGCUUUGCUUGUCUCAGAAUGGAGAAAGUGGAGUGUGUCGUUUUAAAGUGGUUAGAAUCUUUGGCUUCUGAUUGUUACAGAUUUCAUUGCAAUAAGUGACCAUGUUGAAUUUGGUGAGCUGUGGUAAGCAGUGAACAAAGCAUAUAUUAGGCCUCUGUACGGCAUGGUACAUGGUUUGCUAGAUAUAACUAGAUAUAACUCAUAACUAUUAUGUGCAGUCUUGAACAUCGAUGCCAUAUAAUUUUGUGCAAUAUGUGUGACCAGACAAUGAGCUGCAUAAGAUGGUGGUCCAGAUAUUUCACAGGGAGCAGGCUGUUGGUGCAAAUCCUGGACACAGUUCAGUUGCUGCACCAUUUGCUGCACCACAGACACCCUGUAGCAGCGGUUCCUUGAUGACAGGGAUCACUCCUUUUGCAACCCCUUUAGAUAGACUUUGUUCUUCUUGAAGCAUGUACUUCUCAAAAGUGUUUCACUGUUGAGAAAAAUCCCUCUACACCACUAAUAAGCACACACACACACACUCUCACUUGGGUGCGUGUGCACAGACACACACAUGCUAACACAAGCUAAGGGACAGCUUCUCUCCAGUACCAUUCUUAAAGCAACACUUAACAUUCCCACAAUGGCUGUGUAUCACUGUGGCAGCAUUAUGGCAGCGAUAAAAGGUCACAGUAAUGGGAGGAAUUUGUGCUGUAGGCUAUUUUGAGAGAGCUGUUUUUCUUUUUGUGCUGUAUAAUCCUCUAAAAUGGUACCUGUGUUUAAUGCUUUUGCACUGACCGUGCAUGGCACAUGGUGUGUAUUUCCAGGACUGACAGUGAGCACAUCUCAUCCUGGGGGUCAAUGACCUCGGCAGAGACGAGUCUGGAAUGAUUGGUCAUCGCUGUUGGCAUGGCAACCCGUUAAUGGCAUUUCAAUCGAAUAAUUCCUCAAGCCUGAGCGGCAAAAGUGAAAGACAAACAUCACC